AUGACGAAGAACCAAGCAGCUUGGAUUGAUGGCCCGCGAGUCAAGCCCCUAAAGGUGGCAGAAGCUCCGGAUAGGAGGGCUGGACCUGGAGAAGUCGUCAUCAAGAACGCUGCGUUGGCAAUCAACCCAAUCGACUGGCUAAUUCAGGAUAAAGAGACUUUGCCUGUCACUUAUCCUGCCAUCCUCGGCUCCGACGUUGCUGGCGUUGUUGAGGAAGUCGGGGAGGGCGUGACUCGCCUCAAAAAAGGCCAACGCGUGAUAGCUCUCUGCCACGCUAUAUUGAGCCAGAAGCAAGGAAACGGCGGCUUCCAGCUCUACAGUUGUGUCCCAGAGAUCUUGGUGUCUCCGAUACCCGACGACCUUUCUUUUGAGCAAGCUGUCGUCCUCCCUUUGGCUCUCGCGACCGCGGCAGCUGGUCUCUACGGAAAGACGGUCCUCAACCUGCCUCUGCCCCCAGCCGACGGCACCCGCUCCACGACCGACAGCGGUACUCUCCUCGUAUGGGGUGCCGCAUCUUCCGUCGGUACCGCUGUCAUCCAGCUGGCCCGGGCCUCCGGUCUCUACGUCGUCGCCACUGCGUCAGCCCGCAAUCAUGACUUGGUCAAGUCUCUCGGCGCGAACGAAGUAUUUGACUACAAAUCUCCAGACGCCAAUCAUCAGAUUGUCACCGCGUUGGAGAAGCGGGCCGACACCUUCGUUGGCGUCUUCGACUGCAUCUCCGAGCAGGGUACCUACAACCAGAUCGGCGCCAUUCUCGACGACUUCCAGCCCGCCAAGGUGGCUGUAGUGCUGUAUCCCUUCCCGGAGAAGAUUCCCAAGAGCAUCCAGCCUCUUAUGACCAUAUCAUAUACGAUACCCCUUCCGGAAAACGAGCACAUUGCAGAUGCCAUAUGGCGCAAGUAUCUCCCCGAGGCGCUGGCAAAGGAGCUGUUUCAGGCCAAGCCUGACCCGCUCGUCUUUGGUUCCGGGUUGGAGGCGCUUCAGGGUGCUAUGGAAAGGCAUAAACAGGGUGUGUCGGCACAGAAGAUCGUUAUCACUUUGUGA